UUGCACCGAAGCAACAUUCACAAACAUUACCAUCGUCCCAGUUUCUGUCUUGCCAUAACCGAGAUGCAAUGUUUCAGCGCCACGAUAAAACUGAAUGCAGUAUGUGUUUUGUUUGUCUAUUUAGUGGAUAAAGGAGAAGAACAUUCCUCGUUAGAGCUGCAGCAUUCCUCCUGCGUCUGCCAGUAGGUACUGAAGUACCGGUAAACGUUGCUUUUGGUGAUUGAGACGAAUUCAGCAGCACGGGCAACAGAUAGUUGCGAGCUCCGGCCGUUUACCGCUCUGAGUACCUGAGUGAUCGGAUCCCCGAUAAUCAUCCCUAACAUUCUCCUCGUGGACUGUCCAUUGAGCACUUAGAUGGCGUAUCGGAGUGGCUAUGUCCCAUAUGAUACCACAGCGUCUGCUGGACCCAAAUCACACAACUCCAAAGUACAACAAGGUGGACAUCAAGACGAUGUGCGUCGAUUGAAAUCGUCAUCUCGUACAGCGAGCACCAGUGUGGCUUCAAGUCGGAGAGUUCCAACUGGUCAGCCGGUCAUCCCUUCGCAGAAUCUCACAUAUACUGACACACACCUGCAACCAGCUUGGCAGGAAACAAGCUUUAGUCCACAGGCAGGUACCAGCCCGCAGCCGCAUCGCAGAGGGCCUACGGAAAACCAUACCAGGGAAAGAGGUCAGGCACCUGUAUUGGAAGCUGCAGAUUGGGAUAGAUCAUCAGCCAUGGCAACACCAAAGGCAACAAGAAGCACUAGGCAACAGGAAGCAGAAAGACAAGGCUUUGACACGCAGUUUCAGGGGCUGAAUAUAUCACCAGCGACUGCAGGUCAACCUCCCGGCAAGUUCACCUCACAUCAGGCGCAGACGCCCACUGGACGUCAGGCAGCGCAGACCUCCGGGAUGACAAGCAUAACACCAAAAGGUCACAACUCCUAUGCUUCUGCAGUUUCUUCUCCUUCCUAUCUUGACAGUAUCCCUGCUACUGUUGCUGGUACUGCAGCUGCGGUUGGUGGUGGUGCUGGUGCUGGUCGUGGUCGUGGCGGCGGUGGUGCUGGUAGUGGCGGUGGUGCUGGUCGUGGUCGUGGCGGCGGUGGUGCUGGUGCUGGUCGUGGUGCUGGUCGUGGUGGUGCUGGUUGUGGUGGUCGCGGUGGUUGUGGUGGUGCUGGUCGUGGUGCUGGUAGUGGUGGUCUCGGUGGUCGUGGUGGUGCUGGCCAUGGUCGUGGUGCUGCUACUGCGGAUGACGUUAGUGCUACUGCCACAGUUUCUCCACAUUCCACUAUUGCUGCUGUCCGUACUGCUGCUCCUGCUGCUUAUGAUGUGCCUGAUUUGUCACAAGGUGCUAAUCAGGCUGCAGGUGAAGCAUACCCACAGACGCGAGCAACUUUCGAAAAGCUACCAGCUGAUCUGAGGGGUAUUAUUGAAACUCACUUUAAACCUCAAAACCAGGAGCAGGAACAGCAGGAACAGCAGCAGCAGCAGCAGGAACAGAUGACAUUUCCGCGGACACUCCAAGCCAGCAAAGCAAUGGUGUACGAUGUGUUCACAUGGACCCUAGGCCACAUUGAAAUCCUGGAAAUGCUUGAGCUGAAAGAAAUGAAUAAAGCGCUACCUUCACUGUCAUACACCAGCAAGAAGCUGUACAAAAUCAUGAAGCACAAUCAUGACGGCACCCCGAUCACUGUUGAUGAGAUGAUUCAGCGAUGCAACAACUACAUUCUGACCUUGAAGAUCCAGAUGGACUCCUGCCACCCAGAAGCACGUCGCCAACUGAAGGAACAGCUGAGGAAAGAGGUGGCUGAUUGGAUUCGUACAUGCGAUACGAGCAUAGCUAGUGUUCAGCAUUUCAUAACGAAUAUGGAGCGCGCAAUUCAGCAGAAAGAGCCCCAGCCUAUGCCAGCAAGAACACCCCUACCACAACCGCAAUCAGCAUCAUGGAUGCCUAAAACAUUUGGACGUGUCCUCGAGUUUGUCCAAGGUGCUUUGGCAAUGAACGAUGAGAUGCAGAAGGACUACGAGGAUAAUCCCAAUCGUCAAGCGCUACUUCCCGAGUUCCGGAACCAUUCCGAUUAUCGCUGAUUUACAUUCUUUGCUAUGUCAUCACCAUGACAUCACCACUACAACAUCAUGACAUCGCCAUUAUAUCAUCAUAGGCCAUCAUAUCAACAAGAGUUUUAGUUUUAGUUUUGUUUUAUUCCAAGCAAUACAUGGCUGGGGAAGCCAAUGACAACUUUGCGUGGCGAUUGUAGGGUUUGUGUAGCCAUCCACGGCCAGCAAGAAAGGAAAAAGCAGGCGAAAAGAAAAGGAAAAGAGAGCACAUAGAAGCAGAAUUUCAUGUCUUUUUGCUAGUGCUUUUUUCUCUUCUCUUUUUUUGGCUUGGUCUAUUAUCACCAUGCACUUGUAUGUCAUGAUUGACAUUCUUUAGGCAUAACUACAUCAUCUAUUUGUUCAUAAACGUAUCCAUUCUCACAUUACGCACCUCCGCACAGGACAUAUUGGAGCGAGCCACAUUGUCCUCUGUCCACGCACUGUAUUCACGUUAUUGUUAGCACAUACAUGUAGAAAACAAUAUUGAUUCAUGGUUUUUCUGAAAGUACAAUUUGUACAUUCGUACCCUCUCAUAGUAAUAUUGUUUCAUUGCAAAGUAAAAACACUCGGUAAUGUGAAGAGAAUAGGAUUUGCUGGGACUGAUGGGCGGAACGCUUCAAGUAGACGCUGGAGGCCGAACUACUCUGCCCAACCUGAAGCGUUUCCUCAUUCACAGUGACGAGCCUAGCAUAUCCCAAAACACAUACAUGUACACAGUCAGGUACAGUCAUAAUAAUUAUGACAUUAUGUGAUUAGAGUUAUAGGGGGUGUAGAAAACACGUUUGCUAUACACGUGUAGGAUAGCGCUAUCAGCAGGCGAUUUCUUUUUGAUUUCUUCUUCGUUUUCUUCCAGCUCAAGAGUACAUAACAAAAUCUCCACGAUUUCCUCUGUCA